AUGGGUAGUUUGGGAUUUGUCGGUGCUUUGGCUCAGGCUCAGCAAAUUAAUGUCAUUUGCUCAGUUCAGGCUGAGUGGUGCAAUAUGAUUUCUACCGUCUAUGCCAAAACAACAGGCACCAAAGUCAAUAUGACCAUGAAAGGCUCUGGAGAAGCGCUGGCACAAAUCAUUGCCGAAAAGCAAAACCCCAAGACUGAUGUAUGGUUUGGCGGCACUGGCGACCCUCAUCUACAAGCUGCAGAGCAGAAUUUGACUCAAGAGUACAAAUCUCCCAUGAUGAAAGAUUUGCAGCCUUGGGCGCUGCAACAAGCAGCACAGUCUAAUUACCGCACUGUUGGCAUCUAUACUGGCCCCUUGGGUUUUGGCUAUAACCCUAAUUUAUUGAAGAAAAAGGGCGCGCCUGUACCUAAAGCAUGGAAAGAUUUGCUUAACCCCGUCUAUAAGGGAGACAUCCAAGUUGCCAACCCUGCCUCUUCUGGCACCGCUUACACUAUGGUGGCCACCCUGGUUCAACUAAUGGGAGAAGAUCAAGCCUUUGAUUUCAUGAAAAAAUUGCACCAAAAUAUCAGCCAGUACACACGUUCUGGUACCGGUCCUAUUAAGGCUGUAGCUAGAGGAGAAACCGCCGUAUCUAUUAGCUUUGUACACGAUGGUCCUGGCGAAAAGAGCAAGGGCUUCCCCGUUGAAACCAUUACGCCGGCAGAAGGAACUGGCGCAGAAAUUGGCUCUGUCAGUAUCAUAAAAGGCGCACGCAAUUUGAAUGAGGCGCAGAAAUUUGUCGAUUGGGCGCUGACACCAUCAGCCCAAGAAAUGGCAGCGGCAGCCAAGCAGUACCAGCUACCCUCUAAUAAGAAUGCAAAAGUAGACCCUAAUGUGCCUGACUUCAAAAAAAUCAAGUUUAUUAACUAUAACUAUGCCAAGUAUGGCAACAGCGAAGAGCGCAAACGCUUAAUUGCUCGCUGGGAAAAAGAGAUCAACUCCAUACCCAAGCAAUAA